GCUGCUGCUCUUCAAACAGGAAGUUGUAUGCAUGCUUAGGACGCUUGUUUUCUUCUUCUCAGCGACUUGCUUCUUUCAUCACCAAAAGGCAUCUUUCCAUCUUCAGUUUGCAAAAUGAAACAAAAUUCAAACGUACCAGCCUUUCUCACCAAGCUUUGGACUCUUGUGGAAGAUUCUGACACAAAUGAAUUUAUUUGUUGGAGUCAGGAAGGUAACAGUUUCCUUGUCAUGGAUGAACAGCGAUUUUCCAAGGAUAUCCUUCCCAAGUUCUUCAAGCACAACAACAUGGCCAGCUUUGUCAGACAGCUGAAUAUGUAUGGAUUUCGCAAAGUGAUGCACAUCGACACAGGCAUAGUAAAGCAAGAGAGGGAUGGACCAGUUGAAUUUCAGCAUCAUUACUUUAAACAUGGUCAGGAUGACUUGCUGGAAAACAUCAAAAGAAAGGUUUCCAAUGCAAGACCAAAUGAUACGAAGAUCAGACAGGAAGACCUGUCCAAUAUUUUGGCCAGUGUUCAGAAUGUUCACGGAAAACAAGAAAGCAUUGAUUCCAGACUCAACACACUGAAAAGAGAUAAUGAAGGUCUAUGGAGGGAAAUAUCAGACCUGAGACAGAAGCACUCCCAACAGCAGCAAAUCAUUAAGAAGUUAAUACAAUUCAUCGUCACAUUGGUACAGAAGAACCGGAUGAGUUUAAAACGCAAGAGGCCUAUUCUACUGAACAGCAAUGGAAAGAAGCCUAAAUACAUCCAUGAAAUCUACGAUGAUCCUCCUCUGGACCACAACAAACCCUCUGUCAGUGGUUUGAAGAGUGCUGAUCUUACUGACGAUGUCGUCAUCUGUGAUGUAACUGACGAUGACACAGAGAUCACAGAGGGCCCCUCAAGAGCAUUGGAUCAAUCGGAUGUAGAAAUAGUUGGGGUCUUCAACAACAAUACUGUGUCACAGACAGACAGCGCUGACAGUAUAGGACAGACCAACUCUUUAGUAAUCGAACCAGAAGAGACCACCAUAAGCACAUAUGAUAGCCUUCCCACAAGCAGCACCUUGCAGCUCAACAAACAGUCAGGGUUGAGCCUGGAGGAUCCAAUGAAGAUGAUGGACUCAAUCCUCAAUGAGAGUGGAGCUAUUUCUCAGAAUAUCAAUCUCCUCGGCAAGGUUGAGCUGAUGGACUACUUGGACAGCAUUGACUGCAGUUUGGAAGACUUUCAGGCUAUGGUGUACGGGAAGCAGUUCAGCAUUGAUCCAGAUAUUUUAGAGGCCACAGAGGGGAGUGGUGGUCCCAAAGAAAAUGCAGGGCUGCUAUCCAAAGGAGACAAGUCUAGUUUCUCAGCAGACAACCAGCUGGUCCAGUACACAUCCUGCCCUCUGCUGGCCUUCCUGGAUGGCUGCACCCCUUUGGCCACAGAGGCAGACAGCAGCACAGCCACAGAACUGGGAGACAGCCUGCUGCAGCACAACACUGAGGUCCCCACAGACCUGCUGGAGCCAGACAAGGAGCCUCCACGAAGCUCUCUGAUCCGCCUGGAGCCCCUGACUGAGGCAGAGGCCAGCGAGUCAACGCUCUUCUACCUGUGUGAACUCAACCCAGAAGGUGACACCACUGACUCGACGCAGCUGGAGAUUUAUGAUCUAUUUCCUGUUCAGAAGUAAGACAUUCCGUCAUUUAGUGGAAUAAUCUACUAACAGCUGUACGUAAACCCCGAUUAAGAUGAGGCUGCAAUUGUUGGUUUAGGUUUCAGCAUUUCUUGUGAAAAGGGGAAUGUUUCACUAUGUAUUCUUGAUAUGUUAAGGAUCACAUUCAUCUUUAAUGAACAAAAACAGAAGUGCCUGUUUCCUUAGUAAAAUCCCAAUGUUGAUCAUUUCAAGUACUGUAGUCUGUAUCAAUGUUUAUGUUAAGAUUCAUAGAUUGCGAAGCUUAACAGUGACAAUGACAUUAAAAGAACAGCAAAAGCAUCAUUACAUUCUGAAUGCUUUGUUCUGUAGGUGAAGGUAUAUUCAAGAAAAUGCAUGCUUUGCCUUAAAGUUUAUUAAAAGGUGGGUUA